UUAAUUGUGCUAAUCUAGAUGGAGCAAUAUAUUAAAUAACUGCAUAGAGAUAAGCAGGUAAUAUUGUCCUAGACAUGUACAUGCAGCCAGUGAAUGGGGGAAGAAUGGACAGGCAGAGCAGGAGGCCAUCCCUUCCGUUCCCUCCUCCCCUCACGGUUCCCGCCCUCUUUUGUCUCUUGCUUUCUUUGUAUUGAUGCUCGGUAUUUGAGGAUACAGGUUCCGUUCACACACCGGAAUGGUGGUGAUGGCUUCAUGCUUUCCUUACCCUGCAGAUCAUACAUCCUCCUCCUGGGCACCGGUGUAGUAGAGCUGCUGCGUUUUGUCUAUGUGUGCAGCGUGUGCACAGGGCUCGGUCACACCCAUACACUAACACGCCCAAAAAUCCACAAAUGUUUUCACGGAGGCAGUCACUGAAUUGGCAUCAUGGCUGAGACACCGUGACCCACCACCGGGCUUCCCUGUCUGGAGGUGACAGCUGUGAGGAGAAACAUGGACGUUGUUCCGCUGGUCCUGACCGUCCUGAGCUUGGCACAAGCUGCUAGCCAUUCUCUGAAUACACCAAUGCUACCAGUAACUCUAGAAGUAAAAGAUGUUCCACAGUACUUCCGUUUACAGAAAGCAGUAUCUGGUGAUGAUUCUACAAUACCUCAAAGUUUUCUGACACAGUCACACAGUGAAACUUUUUUCAUUCCACGUCUUGGGGUCCGUGAGCCACAUAUAAGGGCAUCACUUCAGCACAUACAAAGCCAAGAGAAUAUUCCAUGGGAAAUGCUGGGAGCUCGAGUGAAAGGCAUUCAAGGUGAGAUUGUUGGUGGGGAGGUAUCUCCCUCUGAUCCUGUGGCACGUGUAUUAUUUCAUCGUUCAGUGAUUGAUGGUCACUCAAGAGUUUCUCAGGACCAGUGUGUGACAGUGAAAGCAACACAUGAAGAUUUAAGUGUUCAUGGAUCCUGCAGAAUACAACUUCCUUUAGAUGUAUGUGUUGUGGAGCUUCUCUUUUCACCUCCUUGGUUUACCCUUGCCUCAACACAUGUGAAUGUAACCGUGAAUUAUGAUGUUUCUGAAGAUUGCAAGUAUUCAAAUGAAGGAUCAGAGAUUGCUGGGAUUGUACAAAUUAUGGGUGUCAGCUCACCAAAGUUUCAGCUUCUAAAUGUGGGGGAUUUUGUGACAGUUACACUUCCAGAGAAGACUUUGUUACCUGGAGAGGUUUUCACUGCCUCAGUAGGUCUCAGAAAUAAUUGGACACAACCUAUCUUCACUUUAAGGAUACGCUGCCGUAUUGGUCUGGAACUCCUGUUUGCGCGCUCUGCGGCACCAAACACCUGGGCUAUAAAGACUGAGAUACAAAGAGGAGCCAAACACCAUACAGUAACAGGACAUUUGACACAAAGAGGAGCCUCGGAGCGUAGGUUCCCUCCAGUUGUUGCUCUUUUGGAUUUUCUUGUGAGCAAUGUCUCUGUAGGCUUUGCUGUUUCACGAAGAAUUACUUUCCAGCUGGAAGUUCCAGGUGGUGGUGCAGCCACAGCAGGUGUAAGAGGCAGUGCUGAAGUGCUUGUGUCUGAUCAUGACCUAAGAGCUAUUAUCCCACUUGUAAAGUCUCAUGAGAUACUGAAUACAGCUCCUCUGACUGGUAUUUCUCAGAAAAUUCCAGUUCGAGUCUUUGCCUUGGAGGCUGGUGGAUCUGUUAUGGAUGUCACUAAAGAGGCUGGUUGUGAGACCCCAAAUGCACAGAUUAUACAGGUGUCAGAUGGCUGUGACUUUUUAUUUGUUGGUGGAAAGGAGACUCAAGGAGCUGUAGGUGUAAAAGUGGAAUUUUGGCUAGAGCGUCUACGUUCUUCUCUUUCACUUUCUCUGUGGGUACCACUGCUUCCUCUGAGAGUAGAGGUGUCUGAUACAAAUUUGCAACGUUUACCAGGUUCAGGGUCUUUAGGAAAUGGUAUGGAAAAUGAAUAUGAAGACUAUCGUAGGUCUAGCUCAGAUCCCAGGGGACAACAUUGCUAUCCUCGGUAUCAAAGAGCUCUAGUGCGUUUUCUGGCCUAUUUUGUGGCACAUUCCAUGGAUGAAGGCAAUCAACUGACCUAUCUGUUGGGUUCUGACUGGAUGCUGGAUGUAUCUCCUCUAGUAAGAAGUCAGGCUGUUAUCAGAGAUCAGCGCAUUGCACGUCUAGAGAAGGAGGGCAGUGUUCUUAUUGGCCAGCAGCCAGGUGUCACAUCUGUUGAGGUGCGCUCUCCACUCUCCCAUUCAAUUCUUGGAGAGCAAACUAUCUCAGUCUCUCCAGAAACUGUUUCUAUCUUAGAACUGCGUUCAGACUUGCUUUGGGAUUUAUCCCUCUCUGUUUCCCCAGCUGUUAUCAAACAUCCCGGUGUUUUUACUAUUUUGUACAAGUCUCAAGAAGCAAGUAUGAUUCCUAAGCAGGAGGCUAUUCUACCUAUCUGGCUACUUUUCAGUGAUAUGUCCACUGCUUCAAUAACGAUCUAUAAUCCUCAAGAGCUGUCUUUAUCUGUUGUGUCCUCUGAUGCCUCGGUACUUUCAGUUGGUCGUGCAUUGAUAUCAACAAGCUACUGGUCUAUGCCAAUAUUAAUUUUUGAAAAUCCAGGUGAAGAAGCUCUUCUGCGCUUAUCUCUUUCCUUGCCAGAGAGAUGUAGAGAAAAAGAAACCACUGGUUUGCUCAGUGCCGGAUACAUCCGAGUUACAUUUCCACGCAAUGGGACAACCGGCGAUAAACAUCCUGACAGAGACAUAAUACAGGGGGAUACAGUCCUAAUGACCAGGGAUGGCGACGUUAUUUCAAGUGCUAACAAUGUUGUUCCAGGAACCAGUGACAUAAUCCUUAGUGGUGAUGAUACUACUAUAGAUGAUGAUGAUAAAUCUCAUUCUGGUGUUGAUGACAUUGUUACAACACGAUGGGGAAUACCAGGCUUAGAAGAAGGACUUUAUGGACUGCUUGCAAUGUUUUCUCUUCUUACCCUACUAUUUUUUUUUAGCUGUUUGGCUUUUAUAAGAAGGCAAAGAAAAAAAUCAGUACAUGAGGGUCCUGGCAAUCCUGAGGCUCCAAACUGGGUAUGGUUAGAAGGGUCAGAUGUUAAUGGACCAAAACCCCAAGGAGCAGUGGAUGAGGAAGAGGAAGAAAGAGGACAGUGGGAUGCUAGGAACUUGGGUUCUCAGAGUCUGACAAGUACUUUCCAUCCAGUAAAAAACUUUCAUGAGGCUGAAACUAAUAGUGAAUGUCAGUCUGAUACCAGCUCCUUCUCGACAUCUACAAACCAUUCUAAAGCUUAUUUAGAAACAAAAAAAGCCGAAGUUAAGUUAACCAAAACAACUCCUCCUCAAGGAGAAAAAAGAGUUGAACGAGUACCUAAUGAUCCUAAUGUACAAUCUAUUUUGGUGGCUAGUGAGGAGGACAUUGUUUGGGUAUGUAAGGAUAUGGGUAUGAGAGAACCUCAAGAAAUCAUGAGCUACAUGGAAAGAAUCAGAGCAGAAACACCUAAUCAAGAUACUAAGAGAGAGGGAAUAAGAGGAAGGAGAAUGGAUAUUGUCGGACCAAGAGUAAAAAGAAUCACUUAAUGUCACUAACAUAAAUGAAUGUGGUAAAAUAGCAGAAAAUAAAAGCUUACGUCCAUGUGAAGAUAAUUUACGGACUUUGUGUAGCAAUAUUCACAUCAUAUUUGAUAAUUCAGUGUUAUGAAAGACAGAAAAGAAUGUGGUAUCAGGACCCCCAUUCUCUAUUGUUGUCAAUCAGGUAAUAUUUCCUUACUCUAGACAUCCAGCUGACACUCUUAAUAACAUAAGAUUGAAUACAUCAUGUUUUGAAGUGCUUCUUUAAGGAAGAGAACUAGUUAUGCAGUUAGUGUAAUCUAUAAGGUAGAGAAAUAGAAAAUUGUUGGAAGAAAAAAGACCAUUAAGUCUGUCCUUACAUUAUCUUACUUUGUUAUCUUUAUCUUGCCAUGGUUCUUUAAAGACUAUGGCUAAGACCAUUUUGGUAGCAUGUCUUUGAACAUGUUUUAUUAAUAUCUUGUUGCAGGUGAGGUCUCUAGAACUAAACACAGUAUUUCAGAUGUGGUCUGACUAGGGCUCUAUACAGUGAGAUUAUAGUCUCCCUCUUUAUUUUGAUUAAACCUCUUGCUUUCCUGGCUACACUGUUGUCUCAUUUUGAGGCUGUCAGAAACCACUACCCCUAAAGCUUCUCUUCUGAAGUCUCUGUUAAAAAGAAAACCUGCCGAAAUGAUACUCAGACAUAGGAUUCCUUCUUCUCAAGUGCAUCAUUUUACAUUUGGAAACCUCAAUUUCCACUGGAGUGACCUCUUAUCUAAUACUAAAUAUGUUUCCAUAUUGCAGACACUUUCAGCAUCAUCAACCUUAUUAUUGCACACUUUUGUGUCAUCAACAAACAGGUAAAGCUUGCCUACCAAAUCGCCUCCUUUUUGUAAAGUUUAGACAUUAAAAAGAAUAGAAUUCAGAAUAGACCUUUUUGGCUCACAUUUUUGCAACCAGUCUCUGCUCAGAAUACACACCAUUAACAUCAUCCCUUGGAUCUCUAUGCUUCAGUCAACUGCAAAUCCAUUUAAAGGGGUUAUCCACCAUAAGGUGAUUUUAGUACGUACCUGGCAGGCAGUAAUGGACAUGCUUAGGAAGGAUCUGUGCUUGUCUUGGGGCUAAAUGGCUGUGUUGUGAGAUUACCAUAAUCCUGUUUGUGAACUUGUAUUUUCUGUUUGACUUUUCUUUUUUUGACUACAAAUCCCACAAUUAAAUUUUCCUCCCUCCCACACAUCAGCCACCCCACCCAUUGAAACAUAAAUGAGCUGCAUCCAUUCAAAGACCUGUGAUUUUCAAUCAGGGUGCCUACAGCAUUUGUAUUAGUUGCAGAUUGAUCUGUCUCCCACCAAGCAAUCGUUCCACCCAUUGAAGCAGACAGGCUCCCUGUCAUCAGCUGACGAGUCAGUCAGGUCUCGGCCGCAUUGCAACCUGGGAAAAAUCGGAGCCAACAGUCAUUUAGUAUGCUGGUAAAAAUAAAUAUUGGAGUGAAAAUCACAGAAUUGUGAGAAAACCAUCACACGCAGGUACAGACACUAUAUUAUGAACUACACUAACUUUACAGCCCCUAUAGCAUGGUCAAAUAAAAAAAAAAUUCCUGGAAUAUCUCUUUAAUUAUCCAGGGAUUAAAUGGGCACUGGCAUUCGAUACAAAGCAAAAGUUUUAUUGGUCGUAGUCUCAGUGUUUAGACCCUUACCGAUCAUGACAGCCAGCCAGGAGAAGUGCACGCUUAGCGUGUUCUCUCCCAGCUCUUCAUCACAUGACCUGGAUGGACUCACAAUGUACAGUAAGUCUACAGGACCGACCAGGUGUAAAAGACAAAGAGCAGGUAGAGAGUUCUCUCCCAACUUGACCACGACCGAUAACAACUUUUGACAUUUCCCUAAAACGUCAAAAGUAAUUUUUUUUUUGCAGUGACUGGUACGCUUUAGGUCCAAUUUAAAUAACUUUCCAAUUGUCUCUCUAUGUGGAACUGUAUCAAAUGCUUAGUUGAAGUCCAUAUAUGCAAGAUCCACGGCACCACCUUCAUCCACUUUAGUGACCUAGUCAACAAAAUCUGUUAGAUUAGUAUGGCAUGAUUUGCCCUUAGUAAUGCCAUGCUGGUUUGGUUCAAACAAGUUGUUGGUUUUCAUGUAGUCAAUUAUGCUCUUUUUCAAAAGAGUUUCCAUCAUCUUUACUACUAGAGAUGUCAAAAGCCUGUAGCUUAGAUAUAAAUAUGAUGAAACUCAGCUCAGCUCAGUCUGUAGGAUUAUAGUAAAAAAUUAGUUCACUUUUGACUGGUAUAAUUUUUUCAUUUUGCUUUAAGAGGACCUGGGACAUCUUCUGAUACCUAUUUUUUAAUAAAUACUUGAGUUUCCAUGAAAAAGGGCUAGAUAUUUAUAAAUACACAACUCUACGGAGUUUUAUCAAAACCUGUGUAGAAGAAGAGUGGUGUAGUUGCCCAUAGCAACCAAUCAGAUCGCUACUUUCAUUUUUAAAAAGGCCUCUGAAAAAUGAAAGAAGCGAUCCGAUUGAUUGCUAUGGGCAACUGCUCCACUUUUCCUCUGUACAGGUUUUGAUAAAUCACCCUUGAUGUUACUAUUCCUAUUGUAAAAGAUAAUGUGUCCCUACACAGUCCACCUUGAUUGGAUAGUGUCAUAGGGGGACAUUUAUCAUGGUCUUAUGGUCCUUUUUUUUUUAAUGUGUAAAAUUGUCCCUAAAAAGUCACAAAAAGUGCUGCUGGGACAUUUUUUUUUUUAUAUAUAAAGCAAUCACUGCAUUUGGGUGUACGUAUUUUUUUUUGUAGUGGUCAUUGAUUUAUCAUUGGGGUGUUUGCAAAACACAAGUCACACAAAGUCUGACAACAUGGGAAAAAGUGUGUAUACCAUGCAAUAUUUCCAGUCAUUGCUUUUACUGAUACUCCUGCGUACAAUUCGUGAAGGGCUGUGUGACUUUUUGAUAAAUUAAUCCCAGCUACGUCAAAUAUACAGCAAGGAAAACAGGGUAAAAUAACAUGUACAUCACACACAACAUGAUGAAUUCCCUCAUAGUGUGUAUGAUAUAGUUACACAGUUGUCAAUGUUUUCAUAAAUUUCUAGUAGAAAUAAUUGAUUAACCACACAACAAAAGUUUAAAGUAAGGAUGUUCCAGAAUUACUUCAUAGGAAAUACAAUUAUUUACUAAAAUAAAUGUCAGAAAAGGUGACAGAUCCCCCUUAAAAGGGUGCUCUGGGGAAGUUAAGAAACAUAAAAUGUCCCAAAGCCACCACAAUACCUGUUCUGUGCCCCAUGUGGUUUUGGCAGCUCUUGUAGCCCCUAUAGUCUCCUUAAUAUUCUUUUUUUCUUGCUUGUAGCCCAGACUAUAACUCUCAGAAGCCAGUGCAGCUCUGUGUAAUGGCUGCCAGCCAAUUGCUUUCAUUAUCUUUGUGCAUACUAUGUUGUUUUAGACAGUUUGCAGCACACACUACUUGUCUUUUCUUUAAAACUAUUCUCCCCCCCCCCCCCCCCCCCCAGCAAUAAAUCAUGCUAUAUUCUGAAUGGCAGCAGUCAGUGAUAAGAUCUACUGCAGGAAAAGAGCAGUGUUAUGUGCUGAUUUUUGACUGAGAAUCUUCACUGGGCUUCUCUUCAAGGUCCUCACACAGGGAGGGGAUGUGUGGCUGUGAAGCCAGAAAUCACGUGGUGUUUGUCUUGCAGAAGUGUGGGAGCUAGGUCUCAGUCAGGGGUUUACACAAAGACAAGCAGGAUCUGAAUAUGAUGAAUAUUCUCUCACUCCCUGCAUGUAAGUGACAGCUGAAAGAGGGAAACUGCUCUACAAAGCUAAUGAAUAUUUUGACAAAUAAAGAGGUUGGUGAAAGGGAAAUGAUGGGCUAUGGGUUUAGUUCCCCGGAGUACCCCUUUAGGGUAUGUUCACACUGUGGAAUUCCGCAAGUGGAAUUCUGCGCAGUGAACAUUACCAUCAGUGUAAAUGGGUCUUCAGUGGGACCCGUUCACACUGAGGAAUUUUAGCGGCGGACAAUUCCGCCGCUGAUAUUUUCCGUGCAAAUAAGAAACAUGUUCAUUAUUUGCUCGUAAGUCUGCGAGCACUGCAUAGCCGUCAAUGGUGACGGCGCAGUGCCGAGCCAAAGUAUUUUAGGUGGCGGCCGCCACAUGGAAUCUCCGCUCGCGGAAUUCUGCGAGCGGAGAUUCUGCAGUGUGAACGCACCCUUAAACAAUCCCUACAAUUGUUGAGAGAUAAUGCUGCAUCUUUGAAGGUACACUUUAAACUUAAUUAUAAACUGUAAUCCAAUAGUUAUAUACUGUAAUCUAAUAGUCCAAUAUAUAAACAAGAUUCCAUUGAAAACACUAUUAGGCUGUAUAUGCAUGUUACGUUUUUUGCAGCUUUUUUAAUGAGAAAAAUGUUUUUAGUUAGAUUUUCAGAAUUGCACUUAAGUAGCUAAUUUUUUGCUGUAAUUUCUGGAAAAUCACUGCAUAACCAUAAUAUUUAUGGACUGUGGUUUCCAUAAAUGUCACUUCAACAUAUGGCUACAAGACUGCUUGUAAUCUUUCUAUUCACUUCUAAUGGGCGUGCAGCUGGUCUAAAUGGUUAAUAUUUGAUCCAAAACAAAAAGAUUCCAACAGCACUCCAGGUAUCAA